CCACAUAGAACCGAUGAUCCGUAUUGAAACACCGUCAUGUGUCAGUUUUAAGCGCCAGUGCUGGUGCAUUUACCUGCAUAGCCAGCAACCGAAGCGGGCAGGGAAUAAUUAAGAUUGCGUGUUAGAAAAUAUUACUGUUCUUGUCUAAUUUUCUCUCCUACUAUAGGCAAUAACAUCUUAGGUGAAAUUUCGUCAGGCACAUUCGUAAUUUACUAUAAGGUCAAAACGUUGACUGAGUUAGGAAUUGUUUUUUUUGACAAAGUCAGUGAACUAACUGGCUAGCUAGUUGUCACUUCGUUUGACGAGUGGUUUUCUUCUGUGGCUAGCUAGCUAGCAUAGUAUUAAUGUUAUUCAGUUCGCAAGCUCGAUGUGUUCGUAUUAUCGGUCAUGUAUCUAUGUUUGGCUAUAACUAUUAUCCUUUCUGUCAUGUUUGAUUAACCUAAAAUCUGGCCAAUAAACAUUGUUGCCAGAUGUGAAUGUCAAGAUUGACUAGUUAGCUAGAUAGCUAGCUAGCUAGCAAACGGGUAACGUUAGCUAGAUUAUUUUUUCUAGCCUGUCUCGCGGUAAACUCAGAUGAUACGAAAACGGCAAAUGCGAACAUAUUUGGACUCCGGAAGAUCAGCGAUAUGGAUUAAGUGGAUCGUUCAGUUGGGAUUUUCAAGUUAAAGUGAGUUGGCCAGCAAGCAAAUUGGCUAGCCUUGCUAGCUGGCUAGCUAUCUUAGCGACAGCAAGCAACCGAGUGAAUGUUGCUCCUUCACCCAAGGCUACGUGCGUGACUCUGAUGGACAUGGAUUUGGCCACAUGCCCCUCACCACAACAGAACGGUGACGUCCACCGGCAGGAGCAAGUCCUGAAGCCGCCUGCCUCCGCUCUGAAGGUUCACCUCUACCACAGCAUCCAGAGCAAGGAGGACAGCUCCUCCCUGUAUUACCCACCGGGGGAGUAUGUCACUGAGCAGCUGGCCAUCGAAGCAGCCAUGCAGUGUGGGGUGACACCAGCCUACUUCAGCCUCUUCUGCCUUUAUCGAGAAAGUGACCGGGUGUGGCUGGCGCCCAGUCAUGUCCUCAGUUUGGAUGAGGCGGCCAAAGAGAGCCUGAUUUUCAGAAUUAGGUACUAUUUUCCUGGGUGGUAUAGCUGUGGAGCCUCGCGGUCAUACAGAUGUGGCGUUACUAAGGGAUCUGAGAGCCCCGUCCUUGACGACCACGUCAUGGCUUAUCUUUUUGCCCAGUGGCGGAGCGACUUUGUGAAUGGCUGGGUGAAACUGUCCAACAGUCACGAAACCCAAGAAGAGUGCCUCGGCAUGGCUGUCCUGGACAUGAUGAGAAUCGCCAAGGAGAAUCAGCGUUCGCCACUCGAUAUUUACAAUGCCAUAAGUUAUAAAUCCUUCCUGCCUAAAGACAUGCGCCUUCAGAUCCAGGACUACCACUUUGUGACCCGGAAGAGGAUCCGCUACCGCUUCCGGAAGGUGGUGCAGCAGUUCAGCCAGUGUCGAGCCACAGCACGCGACCUCAAGCUCAAGUACCUGAUCAACCUCGAGUCGCUCGACCCAGGCUUCUACACAGAGUGCUUUCAGGUCAAGGAAGCCUCAGCAGGCCAGGUCACCAUCAUCGUGUCUGCUGACCAGGGCAUCCAGUGGUGUCGCGAAAGGCAAAAAGAAGCCCAGCCAGAGGACCUGCAGACAUAUUGUGACUUCCCACACAUCAUUGAUAUCAGCAUUAGACAAGCAAGCAAAGAGGGAGUCAACAAGAGCCGGGUCGUCUGCAUCAACACCAAAGAUGGCAAAACUCUGGAGCUGGAGUUCUCCUCCCAGACUGAGGCCCUGUCCUUCGUCUCCCUGAUAGAUGGCUACUACAGGUUGACCGCUGACGCCCACCACUACCUCUGCAAAGACGUGGUGCCACCUCGAGUCCUGGAGGCCAUCGAGAACUUCUGCCACGGGCCAAUAUCAAUGGAGUUUGCCAUCAGUAAAUUACGCAGGGCUGGAAACCAGCGAGGUCUUUAUGUGCUCCGUUGCAGCCCCAAAGACUACAACAAAUACUUCCUGACGUUUGCUCUUGGGACGUAUGAGCAGGUGGAAUACAAGCACUGCCUGAUAAGUAGAUCAGACACUGGCGAUUAUGUCCUCAGUGGGACUAAGAGGACCUUCCGAAACAUGCGAGAGCUCCUUGCGUGCUACCAAAAAGAGACAGUCAGAUCAGAUGGCAUAGCUUUUCAGUUCAGCAAGUGCUGUCCUCCCAAGGCCAAAGAAAAGUCGAGUCUGCUGGUUUGUCGAAGCAAUAAGGACUGCGAGGUUCCCCUUUCACCCUCCCUGCACAGACAGAACAUUAGUCAGAUGGUUUUCCAUAAAAUCAGGAAGGAAGACCUUGAGUUUGGGGAGAACCAGGGCCAGGGUACUUUUACCAAGAUUUUCAGGGGGGUUCGGAAAGAGCUGGGAGACUACGGAGAAAUGCACAAGACAGAUGUUAUCAUUAAAGUCCUGGACAAUGCACACAGGAAUUAUUCAGAGUCCUUCUUUGAGGCAGCCAGUAUGAUGAGCCAGCUCUCCCACAAGCACCUGACGCUCACCUACGGCAUAUGUGUGUGCAGUGACGAGAACAUCAUGGUGCAGGAGUAUGUGAAGUUCGGCUCCCUGGACACCUACUUGAAGAAGAACAAGAACUCGGUCAACAUCUUGUGGAAGCUGGAAGUGGCCAAGCAACUGGCCUGGGCCAUGCACUUCCUCGAGGAGAAGAACUUGGCCCAUGGGAAUGUGUGUGCAAAGAACGUCCUCCUCAUCCGCGAGGAGGAUCGCAAAACGGGCAACCCACCCUUCAUCAAGCUUAGUGACCCAGGCAUCAGCAUCACAGUGCUGCCCAGAGAGAUUUUGGUGGAGCGAAUCCCGUGGGUGCCCCCUGAGUGCAUCAUGGACCCCAAGAAUCUCAGCCCCGCUACAGACAAGUGGAGCUUUGGAACGACACUCUGGGAGAUCUGCAGUGGAGGGGAGAAGCCUCUUGCCACCAUGGAUAGCUCAAAGAAACACUUGUUCUAUGAGGACCACCACCAUCUACCCAUGCCCAAAUGGACUGAGCUAGCCAACCUGAUCAACAGUUGCAUGGACUAUGAGCCAGCCUUCAGGUCAUCCUUCAGAGCAGUGAUCCGUGACCUCAACAGUCUCUGCUGCCCAGACUAUGAGAUGAUGAUGAUGGAGAGUGACUUGGUGCCCAGUAGAGCUGGAGGCCUUGCGUUUGGCACGGGAGCCUUUGAGGACCAGGAGCCAGUGCAGUUUGAGGAGAGGCACCUGAUCUUCUUACAGCAGCUAGGCAAGGGGAACUUCGGCAGCGUGGAGAUGUGCCGGUACGACCCGCUGCAGGACAACACGGGCGAGGUGGUGGCCGUCAAGAAGCUGCAGCACAGCACCACGGAGCACCUGCGCGACUUCGAGCGCGAGAUUGAGAUCCUCAAGUCACUCCAGCACGAAAACAUCGUCAAGUACAAAGGCGUGUGCUACGGCGCAGGACGGCGAAACCUUCGGCUAGUGAUGGAGUACCUGCCAUACGGCAGCCUACGAGAUUACCUCAGCAAGAACCGAGACAGGAUCGACAACAAGAAACUUGUACAUUACGCCUCUCAGAUAUGCAAGGGAAUGGAGUACCUUGCAAACAGACGGUACAUUCAUCGGGAUCUAGCCACUCGAAACGUCUUGGUGGAGAGUGAAUUUCGGGUGAAAAUCGGAGACUUUGGCCUGACCAAGGUCUUGCCUCAGGACAAAGAGUACUACAAGGUCAAGGAGCCUGGUGAAAGCCCAAUAUUCUGGUAUGCCCCAGAGUCCCUGACUGAGAGCAAGUUCUCGGUGGCGUCGGACGUGUGGAGUUUCGGGGUAGUCAUGUACGAGCUCUUCACCCACAGCGACAAGCUCUGCAGUCCCCCUACGGUCUUCAUGAGCAUGAUGGGAGGAGACAAGCAGGGCCAGACUAUAGUCUAUCAUCUCAUCGAGCUCCUAAAGCGAGGGAACCGCUUACCGCAGCCGGUGGGCUGCCCCUCUGAGAUCUACGAGAUAAUGCAGGAAUGCUGGGACAACGACCCCAGCUUUCGGCCAGCAUUCAAGGAGCUCGCGCUGCGCGUGGACCUGUUCCGAGACAGUUCCGACUCAGACAGAUACACCCAAGUGCCUCCGUUUUAAGAGAGGAACACUGUGCAGCGUUCUGGAGAGUGUCGCUCAGAUGGCGGGUGCCAGGUUAUGAGCCAGUGCCAGCAUUAUCGGCCCCUGGUGGUUUUCAGUGUGCCAUCUAGGCAUAUAUCAUAUAUAUAUAAGAGGACUCAAAGCCUUGAACUUGUGCCAGAGUCUUAAGGUCACUUUUGUUAAAAAACGCUUUAAUUUGCUUCUUGUCGUACUUGUUCUUUUGCUACUAGUGCUGGCAUAAUCCACCCCUCCAGAACCCCCGCCCCCAAACCCCCCCCCCCAUCAAGAACGAAAAAACUGUGAAUAGAAGAAUGUGUGAGCACUGUAUUCUUUUACUAAGUGUUUUCAUGUAAAUAUAUAUAAAGAUUUUCUAAUUUUAUAAAAAUGAGAAUAUGACUGGCCUGCUGGUUAUAUUUGAGCUGUUUAAAAGCAGUGCAAUGCAAAUGAAGACUUUAAAGAGAGAUAUAAUUGUUUAUAGGUUUUCUUUUCCAUCGUCAUGCAGGUGGUGUCUAAUUAAAAUCAUAUAAUAAUGGU